GUGAAGCUAUUACACGCAUUUCUUAUAUCAUUGACUCCCUCCAUACAGACAGCAAUACAUAAUUACUUCAUAAAAUUCUAAUUCUAAUUCUAAAUUCUUGAUGAUUCCUACCAGUCAGUGUUAAGGCUGCAUCUGUUUUUCCCUCUGCAUAAUAAAGGGCAAACCACCUGCGUGUCAACCCGGACUAGCGUGCACGUAUUUAGAUCCCCUUGUACCGGAGACGCGGGAGCGAAUCGCGCGCAUCAAAGCUAACCAUUAAGGCCCUCUACUUUGGCCUCAACGUGACACGCCAGUCCUAAUAAGGAUUUAAAUGCCAUAUCAGGGCUCAUUGGGGCUGGAGGAAAAAGUAGUGAGUCCUGCUACAAAGGACCUAAUCGAAAGCAACGGUUUCAACAACAGAAGUUCUGACAACAUGGAUGACAGUCUGACCAGUCUGCACUGGUUGCAAGAGUUCUCUAUCCUUAGUGACAGUGGAAGGCAACAAGUGAGUUCUACUAGCCAACAUCAGAGCAAACUCUCUGAGCAGCAGCUGGGUGGAGAAGCUCCUGCAUCUCCUCUAGCAGGCGACCUUGCCUCCAUAGGCAUGCCACUGACCCCUGGUAAGCCCAUAGCAACAGCAGUUCCUGCCCUGUGCACUCUGCCCAGCUUGGUUGCACAUGGACACUGCCCAGAUGAGGUUGACUACAAGACAAACCCUCACAUCAAGCCACCAUACUCAUAUGCCACCCUAAUUUGCAUGGCUAUGCAGGCAAGCAAGAAAAGCAAAAUCACACUCUCCUGUAUUUAUAAAUGGAUCACUGACAACUUCUGCUACUUCCGCCAUGCUGACCCCACCUGGCAGUGUGGUUUUGUCUUCUCUCCAAAUAAAUUAUUUCAGAAUUCCAUCCGUCACAAUCUCUCACUGAAUAAAUGCUUCAUAAAAGUUCCAAGGCAGAAGGAUGAGCCUGGAAAGGGUGGCUUCUGGAAGAUUGAUCCGGAAUAUGCUGAACGUCUCCUGACUGGGGCUUAUAAGAAGCAAAGGAUGCCUCCAGUACAGAUUAACCCAGCUCUUAAAAAUCAACUUGGAAUGAUCUCACAGCCGGUUAUGCCUACGCCAACAGAUGUAACGGGUUUUCUCCAUGUUGGUCCUGAGUCACAGCAGCUCUUAGAAGAAUUUGAAGAAGUCACUGGACUUGACAAGAACUGGGACCCUCACCUAGCAGAAACCACUUUAUCUGAUUGCUCGAGCACAGUAAAAGCCAGCAAAAGAAAACAGCCAUAUGGCCACCGGGCUGGAAGUGCCAAAGCUCUGUGCCGCUCAAGCUCUCCACUGCUGGCCAUGGAGGAACCAAAGGUUCUGGAAUCUCUUAUGGGUAAUUUUGACUGGGAUGCUCUGCUAAAUUCAGCCCUAAAUGAGGAUUUGAGCCUGAAUGAGUGUAAUCCUGUGAGCCCAAUACCACAAGAUCAGAACCUCAUGGUACAUGGCAUUCAUGUUAAUUCCCUGGAGGCCUCUGUCAAUACUACAGAAAGUAACAUGCUAAUAGAAACACAAAAGGACCGUGAUGUAGACCUUGACAAAGAGACAUUCUUAGCCACAGAAUUUUUACAGAGUCCUUGGACAGAAGAAGAAGCGGGGAACCAUCCUGAUUUUCUUUCUAUGUCUACUGUUAAUAUCAAUCAACUCUUUGAUCUGGGAGGCUCACUCAGUGAUGAUAUUGACAGUAAAAUUGAAUCUCUUCUCUGAAUAGUUCAUCAGUAUCUCUUGAGACUAGGGAUGUCACAAUACCAAAAAUCUAGUAGUCAGUACCGAUACCACCAAAAGUACACAAUACUCUAUACCAAGGCGUUCUUCUUCUUCACCACUUGUGGACCGACUAAAACACUUGCGUGUAUUUUCUACCACCAUCAGUUCCAGGCCUUAAUCCUAUUAGUGGAGCCAUGGCGGGACUGAUGGAGAUGAGUAUUCCACUCCCUCAUAUAUCAUUGGCUGAACAGUGCAUUGGCUACUUCCACAACUACCACCAUGACUUCAUUAGUGAGUGAUCAUUAUUAGCUUAAUGGAUCUACUUAUGCAUUCAAUACCAUUUCUGUAAACCCGGAUAACACAACUUUGUAUCAGAACUAGUAUCAAGGAGUGUUUUCAGGAUAGAUAUUCCACUGUUGUCACCACAACUCCAAUGUUGUUCCUGAAGCAAAAAUGGAGAGCACAGAGCAUCCACUGGUUCAGGAAUCAUCUCCAAGCUCAAUUUACCCCCUUUUUCCAGAAAGAAGGGCUGAAAGGGUGGAAAACUGGACAAGAGAGAGGUAGAAAACGUUGUUUUUUUUCAGCACAGGUCUGUCUCCUGGGUAACUGUGGGUGCCAUUGUCAAGAGGACCGGAUGCAAAAUGGGAGAGGGCCCAUAACAGUUGCUGCAAAACAGACAGAGAAAGGGCCUGGUGUUACCCAAGAUUUAUCACAGUGAUUGUGCAAAGUUUUUAAAUGACACUUAUCUAGCUGAUGUGAUUUACUAAAACAUCAAGGAGUGUGCAUGAGUGAAUUCAUAGGACACAGGACAAACUUUGAAUUGCUUCUCCAUUUCUAAAUGGUAUGAUGACACUGAAAAUGAAUAAUUUGCAUAUCUGCAGUCUUCUGACUGAAAGUGUAUGCUCCAUAAAAUCUUAAAGAUGAAGUUUAAUGCCCUUGUUGAUAUAACUAGGCUCUUCUUUGUCAAGUAUAGCAUUUUGUUUCCAUUUACUAAACUGUAAAAAAAAAAGAAAAAAAAAGAAAAAAGGUAUACUAUACUGCAUACAAAAUGCUACUUUGUAGAGAUGAGGAAAGUAAUGGAGCAUUUAGCCUGAACUCAAAUUAGUAGAAGGAGGAGCACUCGGAUUACAGAGUGUGGUCUCACUGUGCCCUCUAAAAGGAUUCUUCACAGUGGUUUUUCAAAUUGUUACCAAUUGUCACUUCUGUUGCCAAUAAGCAAAAAUAGCCAAAUAUAUUUAAGCAAAAAAUAUCCUCACCUUACAGACACAGAUGCAUCUGAAAAGUAGAUGUCAAACAAGAGCAGAUAAUCAUUGUAUGCAGAGUUGCUGGUGGUGGGUUUAUGGUGUGUGUAUUCUCUGAGCCAGUGCCUCUUUGUGAGUGAGACACUAGUGUCAGGGUAAUCCGACAUCCAUCACCAAGUUAGCGGGCAAUACACACAGUGAGCAAGUGCAGAGAGAACAAUACCUAGUGAAACUGUGGGAGGCCUGUUAUUCGUUACACAAAGCUGUGACUCUCUUUUGUAGGUGUUUGGGAAGCAGAGGGGGAUGAGAUGGCAAAAGAUUGCCAUGACAAAACUGUUUACCACCUUAGCCAGUUAAGAGGGAUCAUCAUGCCCUGGAGUGACAAGCUGUCAUUUUAUAUCAUUCUGUUCUUUCUAUUAUAUUUUUUAUUAUAGUAAAUGUGUUCUGUAAUCUACAAGUGAGGAUAUAAUGCUGCCUGUGGUUUCAGGCAGAACAGGGAUACUUGUAUCAGGUACCUAAAAUGUGUUUUGGAGAAGCAGGUGGUGCCACCUGUGAGCAAAAAGCACUUCAAGAAGUAGAAGUGCCCAGUCUGUUCCUGUGGGGUGAUCUUUAGCCUCAUGCAUGGGAUCAGACAAACACUUAUUAACUGAGAGGAAUACAAAGAAGCCAGACCUUAAAGGCUAGACACAGUAGAAAGAGAGAAAGAAAGGAGGGGUAUACUCCCCCCCCAACCCCAUCACCACCUCCACUACAUACAAACAGCAAAAGGACUCAUUCAGUGAAUAUGCUAGAGCAUUUUAGAAAAAUAUCAUUCUAAUAAGGGUGGAAUAUUGUUACUUCAUACUGAGCAGUGUGUUGCCCUUACUCAACUGUACUGUUCACUUUACUCAUUUUGUAUUAGCAGAUCUAAGAGCACAGAUGAAUUAUUGUAAUUACGCACUCCAUACUAGGCCAGAGUGUAAUCAUGUAGGUCCGUGUACCAGUCCGUGUACGUUCCCAGCCGGCACACGACCAACCUUCAACAUUGAAAUAUGGUUGAAAUAAUGUCAGUUGUCGCUUCAACGUUGAAACAACGAUUAAUGCUAAAUGGUUGCAGAAAGACUUCCGAGCUGUAUUGUCUGGAACUUUCCACGACCUGGAGGCGUAAUCUUGCGAGAUCACACGAGACUGUAGCAUUGUGACGUGUCUGCACUUGCAUGAAGCGCGGCAAUCUGCGUAGUACCAAAACGGACAAUGAGAUCAAGAAGACUACAACGAAAAAGCGCAGCAAAGCUUACGCCAUUUAACGCUUUUAGAUUUAAAGGUAAAUCAAUAUUUGUAACUAGUGAUGUGAGAAACGAAGCUUUUCGAAACUCUGAAUCAACUGAACCAAAUGCUUCGAAAAAUGAUUCAGUGUUUCGAAGCACUCCAAACACCAGACUUUGGCGCCACCUGCUGGUGAAAAGCUUGUAAAAGCAACGAGAACUCAGUCCAAACAUAAUGACACCUUUUACAAAACAAUUGCAAAUGUUUUCAUCAAAGUGUAAUGUUUUAAACAUAAUUUACAGAUAAAUAAGUACCAUUAAAUAUUAGUGCUUCUAUUGUGUGUUUUUAGUUACAGCAUUGGCUAAUCAGGCCAUUUAUACACAAUUAACGAUCACUCUUCCUUUUUAAUUAUAUACACAUGGGUUUGUCAUUAAAGCUGUCUAUAAAAACUA